GCCAAUUUUGUUUAAUUUUGAUUGUAGCGAUUGUUAAUACCAUACCACAGUAUUAUGUAAUGGCUGACUAAUUCGGCAAGGCAAUUAAUUUUUAAAAUAUAACAUUCAUUUACACGUUGAAUAAUUCCGAGAAUAACAUCCUUAUUAAGGAAACUUUCAUUAUGUCGAAAUCUGGUUUUGUUUGUAAAAAAAGGAACAAGAAAAAACCAUUUGUUGAAAUGACGUAAAAUUGCAUAAACUUUCCAAUACAUGCAGCAACCCCCAGCUUUAAAAUAAAACUAUCCAAAACUUGCAUUGUUACGAUAUGUAGUUAAGGCCAUUCAUUUGAUAUUUAAAGGUUAAAUUUAUAUUAAAAGCGUAGUAAUUUUAAUUCAUUUUCACGCAACGGUUUUGUAUAACAUUACAACAUUUUAUAACAAAUAGUUCUCAAAGUUUCAGAUGAUGUAAUGUUUCGUAUCUAUUUAUACUAAAAGACACUUACAUGUACAUAGUUUUUACAUUUAUUAUAUGUAUACUAAAUAGACAAUCAAACAAAUUGUUUCUUCUUAUUAUUUAUUUCUUCUUUUUUUGAAGUCUGAUUUGAAGAGCAAAAUACAAUGAAUCAAGUCCUUUGUCACAAUUGGAUAUAAUUGUUUUCACUUUCAACACGAGUCAAAAGUUGUUAAUAAAAGGACUCGAAUUCUUUUAAAAAUAAAAAAGUAUUCCCUAGAGAAAUAUAUAGUGAUAUUUUUUAUCUAUACAAGAAAAGGUACAAGACAGAAGAAACGGCAUGGGUGUGCUUCUACGUCAAGCUAUCGUGACCUUGGUCGUUUUAAUUCUAAUAUCAGAACUGCAUCAGACUGCUGCUAGAAGAAAACGACUGUGUAAACUGAAGAAAAAGAAAGGCGAAUGUGUUGAUAUCAUACCAAGAAAAAUAGUCCGAAGAUACAAACAUUGUAAGGGGUAUGAUUUACGUAAAGAAGGAUUAUGCGCAAAGAUUGAAGGAAGGUGCAUCUUGAUUGAGACAGCCAAUGGUCGAAAAAUGUGCGAGUGUUUUAACCCAGGAAGGUUAUUUAGAGACCAGCCAAUGAACUUUCAAGAAUGGGUCACAGACAAAAACACCAACCAAUCAGCCAGCCUAUAGAAUUAGAAACAACAUCAUUAUCAAUAAGUUUCUAAAAGCAGACAGUAAACAAAACAGUAAUCAAUCCGUGUGAACUUUGAAAUUACUUGGACAAUGCGUAAUUUAAUUUGAAAAUAGAAGGUUAAAAUGAAGAUACAUGUACAUAAAUACAAAAUUUAUAUGUCGACAUUUGGUCAAAUUUCUGUCAGUGAAAUAUUAACAUGACUUAAAUUCAAUGAAAAUGAAAUGUAUAAACAUAACGUUAACAUAUAAAAUUAACUUAUAAACAUUGCAUGAAUCACCAAGUAAAUAAAAGUACAACUUCCA